GUCAUCAACCUUCUUUAACUCACCCAAAUGAAAUCAAUAAGCAGACAAUUGCCACAAUCUCCACAAUUGGCACGAGUGAUCCGUUACUACUCUAACAAGUCACCUACCUCAGGUAAUCCAACAAAUGUAAACGAUAGUAAUGAGGAUGCUGCUCCACACAUCCCCCCACCCGAUGAAAUCAAUUCGGCCAUAGUGGAACGAAUGAAACAGAUUCUUGAAGACAAAAUAUCAACAACAUCCAACGUAUCAGCUAUGAAAUCAAUCGACAGCACUGUCCAUGAUGUGUUCCAAAAAUAUUCUCCAGAAGCGACCAAAAUCAAAGAAGCAGAGUCAUAUAUCAAGAACGAACAUUUACUCCAACAUAACAAACAUGCACGAGACUUGUACAAUACACCAGCCUGGCAAGGCGAUGAGUCCAAAGUUGAUGCCAAUCUUCGUAUGAUCAUUGACAAGACCCCCAAACCAAUCACAAAGUCACUCAAGGAUAAAUUAACACUGGCCAGAGAUAUCUCGUUAGACUAUAAGCUAAACAAAGAAUUCGGUGUUGACCCAAAGGAGGAAGACAAUUUCCGGGAAAUGUAUAAAGAAAGACUUCUUGGUCCUACCCAAUUACUCUCACCUCAUUCGGCAUCCGUGGAUUUUGUCGACAGCUUAGCAUCGAAUAAAAUCAACGCUAGCAUUAACCGUAAUGGACAAUUUGACAAUCCGGAAAUGGUUAAUGUCAGAGGGAGACCUUUAUCGCAAGAGCAUUUGAAAAAUUGCACUGAUUCAAAUUAUUUCAUGAACCAGAUUUUGAGUAGACAACAGGUUCUACCACCGUGGAUUGAAAGUCAGCGCGGGUUAAACAACCAGAUUGACAAGUUUAGACUGGCUGUAGAUGACAUGUGGUUCCAAUGGAUACUUAAUAGAUCAGACAUGUCGCAUAUUAUUCAUACUGCGAAAACAAUUGAUCAAAUUGAAGAUUCUUUUGUCAAGAAAGUGAGUUGGUUUGUAUUCCGACCAGAGGAUUUGCGUGAUUCGGAGUUGAGUUACAUUAAAGAGAGAGUGAACAUACUUAAUAAGGAGAUUCGUGAUUAUAACUUGAAAUGUCCUUCCACAUCAGGACACAAGCACAAAUUGGAUAUAGAUAAAGAAAUCAAGGAUUCGUACUGGCGAGCACUUGAAAAGUUCCCUGUUGAAAUAGAAGCAUGGUUUGUUAAAAACAAACUAAAAGACAAAUCACGUCCGCCAGUUUCCAGACUAGAAUACGAAGCUUCAACAGGCACCCCGUUCCUUAAUCUUUGGGGAGAAGAAGAAUCACGCAAAGGUGUCCAUCAAGGACCAGUCCACGAGAAAAACGCUGAUCCGAAGUUGCACUUCUGGGAGGCGAUAAAGAACAUCUUUAAGUAAGAUCUAUGUAAAUCCUCAUACAUGUAUAUACCCAUAAAUAACGACAGCAAUGACAAAUACAAACACAGCACUUAUACGACCCCAGCUCUCCCAGGUGAUGACUUUAAACCUCUUGUCGUGCUCAUUGGCCAAUGUCAAAUUGUUCAUAAACUCAAUGCUUGUUUGAUCUCUUGAGAAAUUGGCAAGAACUCGAUCAUGACCAUUGUCUCCAAGUUUGGUUUUGACUUCUUGAGGUUCAUUCCAGUAUUUGACCAUAACUUUGGCCCAUUUUUCAUAGUUUGAUUCUUCAAUGUACCCAGUAGCUUCCUCCAAGUUUGACCCAUCAUAAUUUACCACGGUUUCCAAGGGACCCCCAAAAUUAAUUGCCAAUACCGGAGUUCUAUAUAACAUGCUUUCCACGGGGACAAUCCCAAAAUGUUCUCGUUCAGGCGUGUACAACAACAUCUGGGCCCGUUUGAUCAAACUAACCUUUAAGUUUGACCUAAUUGAAGGCAAAAACAACACAUCAGUAGAUGGAGGCAUGACAAUUAACUUUCCUCUGAUUGUGAAAUUCGUCAACUUGAGCGAAUCACAUAAUCCAGUUAAUUCUUGCAAAUACUGAACAUUCUCAGCAACACGAGCAUCCCACCCCCCAGCAAUGACCAAUCUCACUUUUGACUUCCCCGUGAUUAGCUUCCUCAGCUUGUGGAAUGCCCUGAUUGCCAACUCUAUGUUCUUGGCGCGUUCAAAACGGUUGAUGGAAAGAUAGUAAUUGCAAUCUUUGAAAAACAGCUGCACUUCAUCAUCACUUGCUUGAUUAUGUUCCUCAACCGUGUCCACACAGGGAUAGAUCACUCCUGGUUUGAUAUGCCCUAAUGUCUUGAAUGUCUGGUAGAAUAUCGACUUGGUGAAAUUGGAAUUGACCACAAUCACGUCACUGCACCCUGUACUCCAUUCUUCCACCAUGUCGAAUGGAACUCGAUACAAGGAUUUGACUUUACUGGUUCGCUUGGCUAACAAUUGAUCCGGGAAAUGACAAUAGAACAACACCCGACAAUCGUCACGACUCAACCAGCUCACCAAUGGGACACACAUGGAGAGCUGAUCAAUGAUAAAGUAAUCAUACUGUCCAAUUUCACCCGUGACCACCAACUUGAAAACAAGAUAUAAUUGACGAAGAAUGGCAAAUAAGAUAUGGAAUCGCUUCAACAAGUUUGUAGGCAAAAAGUCUCCAUACACGGUUACGGCAAGUUGUCCAGAACUCACCUCUUCAAAGCAAUGCGUAGGAUCGCAGUGGGAUGUAAAUAUCUGAAUAUCGUUAUUGAGGGAUUGAAGCCCCAUUGCUGCGUCGACCACAAGUCGUUCGGCACCUCCGAUACCCAAAUCAGGAUGUAUAAAUGCAAUUCGUUUGUUAGUACGACGAGGAGGAGGUGGCGGUGAUGAUGAUGAUGAUGCCAUUUGUUACUGUUGGUUACACGUUGUGCU